AGAGCUUCCAUUCAAAGAUGGCGAACGAAUUUUCUGAUGAAAAUGAUCAGAAUUUAGCUGAAGAGAACAAUGAUUUGAACGGACUAAAUGGGCAUGAUGAAGAUGAAGAAGAUGAAUCGCAGUUUGAUGAUCCUGAAGGAUUUACAGAUACCAUCAAUGAUGAGGAACUGCUUGGCGAUGUUCUUGCCAAGAGACCAGUCAAGAAGAUGGCAUUGACACACUGAUUGUUGUUGACAAUGUACCAAUUGUUGGGCAAGAUAGACUUGAAAAGCUUAAGAAUGUCAUUAAAGUGUUUUCAAAGUUGGAAAGAUUGUGAAUGAGUUCUAUCGAAGAAGAUGGAAAAACAAAGGGAUAUAUAUUCAUUGAAUAUGAAAGUGAAAAGGAGGCAUCCCAAGCCGUCAAAAUUGCCAAUGGAUACAAACUAGAUAAACAUCACAUAUUUAUUGUGAAUCCAUUCUCUUCAUUUGACAGUAUGUUGAAUUUGGAGGAAGACUGGAACCCACCUGAGAAAGAACCAUAUGUUGAUAAGGGUAAUUUACGUUCAUGGUUAUUGGAUGCAGAUUGUAAUGAUCAAUAUUCUGUUAUACAUGGCGGUGGAGAGAAAGUAGAUAUCUACCUUAAUACACCUAAUGAACCAGUCCUCGUUAAGGAAAGAGAUCGUUGGACAGAAACUUAUGUCUCAUGGUCAGCCCAAGGAACAUAUUUUGCCACCUUCCACAAACAAGGGAUUGCACUUUGGGGCGGUGAAGAAUUCAACAGGAUUGGAAAAUUCAGCCAUCAAGGUGUUCAAAUGAUCGAUUUCUCUCCCUGUGAAAGAUACAUUGUAACGUUCAGUCCGUUACCUGAUAGUCCAAAUGAUCCGCAGAGCAUAAUCAUAUGGGAUGUACGUACCGGAACGAAGAAAAGAGCAUUUCAAUGUGGUGAUUGUUCAAGAUGGCCUGUGUUUAAGUGGAGUCAUAAAGGAGAUUACUUUGCGAGAAUUCGCGAGGAGGCCAUUAGUAUUUACGAAACGCCUUCCUUUGGUUUGUUGAAGAAGAAGAGUAUUAAAGUUCCCAGUAUCAGCGAGUUUGCGUGGUCUCCGGGCGAUAACAUUAUCUCUUAUUGGUUGCCUGAAAUCAAGGACACUCCAGCUCGCGUCACUAUCAUGGGGAUUCCCGGCAGAGAAGAGUUGAGAGUGAAGAAUUUGUUCAGCGUUGCGACGUGUAAAAUGUACUGGCAAAACAAAGGGGACUAUCUUUGCGUCGUUGUUGAUCGUUACACUAAAAGCAAAAAGGCUCUCCACUACAAUAUGGAGAUAUUUCACCUUCGAGAAAAGCAGAUUCCGGUAGACACUUUAGAGUUGAAAGAAGCCGUUAAUGCUUUCGCGUGGGAACCUCACGGUGAUAAAUUUGCUGUAAUUCAUGGAGAAACUCCUAAGAUCAGCGUUAGUUUUUAUCGUUGUCAAAAAGGAGGUCGAACAACUUUACUGAAAACGUUCGAGAAGAAGCAAGUUAAUAAUAUAUUCUGGUCUCCUCGUGGACAGUUCUGCGUUCUGGCCGGACUACGUGGAAUGAACGGAGCUUUGGAGUUUUAUGAUUUGAAUGAAGUGACGCUUAUGAAUGUUGGUGAACAUUUCACAGCAACGGAUGUGGAGUGGGACCCAUCUGGUAGAUACGUGUCAACUUCCGUUAGCUGGUGGGCGCAAAAGGUAGACAAUGGCUACAACAUUUGGUCAUUUCAAGGUAAACUACUUCAGCGACAUCCCGUAAACCAGUUUUGUCAAAUGCUGUGGAGACCAAGGCCACAAACGCUGCUCUCGGAAGAGCAAGUCUCGAAAAUCAAGUUGGAAAUUAAGAAAUAUCACAAGAUGUUUGACAACAAAGACAGAAUGUCGCAAAAGAAAGCCUCAAAGGAACUAAUCGAAAAGCGACGUCGAAUGAUGCGCGAGUUUCUCGAUUAUCGCGGCCGGAAGAAACAAGAAUUUGAUGAACAGGCUGAACAAAGACAAGAUUUACGUAAAGGUUACGAAGAUAUACAGGAAGAAGUUGAUGAUUUCGAAGAGGAAAGUGUAGAAUUCUUUAUCAGGGAAGAACAAGCAAUCAUCGAGUGAUUCUUCACGGUUCCUUCGCAUCCCCACUUAUCCAAGAAUAGUCAUAGAAAUACAUUGUGAAGCUCUGAUCGACUCCGUCUUGGUUUAAGGUGACAUAGUAGCGGAAAUAUCGUGAUUAAUUUUGAGGGAUAACUUUGUGACUUAGCUACGAAGAACAUUUAAUACUAUUAAUUUGGCAAAUCUGAAUUGAUUUUCGAGUCUUCAAAAACAUACUUUUUUUCUCGAAGGUAAAUAUUGAACUCAUUGUUAAGAAUGUGUUUGUGUGAUACACAAGCGUUUUGCUUAUAUGAAACAUGGAGGACUUCAAUCAUUAUUUUAACAAUUGUAAUUUUGUGCAGAUCAUCUGUUUUAAGGUUAAUUAAAUAUUUUUUCCACCGUA